CUUAUAGGUCUCCUAGACUUCGACGACGAUGAACUCUCUUAUCCACCCAUACCGGUUAAGAAAAAUCCAAAAGUACGCUUCAGUUCGGGACCAAUACAAGUCUUUUCUACAUUCUCUGUCAACGACUAUGAUCGCCGCAAUGAAGAUGUCGAUCCGGUGGCCGCUUCUGCGGAAUAUGAACUCGAGAAACGUGUUGAGAAAAUGCACGUUUUCCCGGUGGAACUUAUGAAGGGCCCCGAAGGUUUAGGUCUCAGUAUUAUUGGCAUGGGCGUUGGAGCCGAUGCUGGUCUUGAGAAAUUGGGUAUAUUCGUGAAAACAAUAACAGAUAACGGUGCUGCGGCACGCGACGGACGCAUACAGGUCAAUGAUCAAAUCAUCGAAGUGGAUGGUAAAAGUUUAGUGGGUGUAACACAAGCAUAUGCAGCCUCAGUGUUGCGUAACACAUCUGGUCUAGUCAAAUUUCAAAUAGGAAGGGAAAGAGAUCCGGAAAAUAGUGAAGUGGCUCAAUUGAUACGCUUAAGUUUACAGGCGGAUAAGGAAAAGGAGGAAAGAUUAAAAAGACAACAAGAGGAGUAUCUCAGACGUACUUUAGACUACUCUGAAGAUUCUACUCAACCCGUUUCGGCUAAUUCUAGUGUUUGCGAGGGACCUACUAGUCCCGUUCAAGUCGAACAUCCCAUGGAGGUCGAGGCUACACACUCACAAGAGGUAGAGUCUCUUAAGAGACUGCUACAAGAGAGCGAAAUGAGUUGCCUUUUAAAGGACGACUUAAUAGACACCCUUAAACGGAAGCUCGUCAAACUUGAAACACCUGGCAAUGAAAAUGAACUGCUCAGCGAACGUUUGCGACAAAGCGAACGUGAACUGGUCAAUAUUAAAAAAGAGGCUGCUAAUCUACAAAAUAUGCUACAACAAUCGCAGGCCCAGUACAUGGCCCUCGAUAAAAAAUACAAUAAAGCCAAACGUUUGGUACGCGAGUAUCAACAACGUGAGGUAGACAUGUGCCAUCGUGAGGAAUUCUAUCAGCAGUUGCUGCAAGAAAAAGACACGGAAUAUAAUGUUGUGAAAAAACUUAAAGAUCGUGUUAUUAAUUUAGAACAUGAACUACAGGAGACACAACGUAAGGGUGGCUUCCCAGUCGGUUUACCCUAUGACAGUGCCACUCUUAAGCUAACACCCCAAAUGAUGCGUAAAGCACCACCCAAACCUUUAUUCCAGAAAUUGGAAACUGAAUUAUCAGAUACUGAGAUAUCGGAUUUAUCACCCGACGGCGAGGGUGUCAAGACUGCAACGGUGGAACGUAAGAAUCCAGUAAAGGAUGAGCUGGAUGCUGCAGUACCACAACAUGAAUUACUGGAUAAUUCGGCUAAUAAAACGAAAAUUGAUUUGGCUUCCCGUGGUGGUCUAGCAAAUCGUCAAUUGCCAUCGGUUAAUAAUUCCAAUACUAGUUCGAGUGCCUCGAAUGCCACUACAGCGGUCACCAUAGCAGCUGCCAACAGCACUAACAAUUUAUCUAAACGCACUCUUAGCAACAGUAGCUCUGAUUGUGCUCUCGAUGAUAGUGAGGAUGAGACUGCUGCUGCUCCAGCUACUGCUGGCUUAAUGCUUAAUAAUAUUCAUCAUAAUCAUCACAAUUCCACGUCAACACAUGAACUUAAUAUUUUAAAUGGUUUGCAUCAACUCCAACAACAGCAACAACAACAACACCAACAUCUACAACAACAACACAACAAUAUCAUUAGUAACGGCCAUCACAACAAUAGUAACAAUAUUUUAAAUAAUAGUAACAGUAACAAUAACAGUAAUAGCAAUAACAUUUGUAAUAAUAGUAGUAACGGUGGCGGCAUUAGUAGUGUUGGAGUAGGAGUAGUCGUCGGUGGUAUUAGUAAUAAUACUAGUAGCACAAGUAAUGCUGGUAUUAUUGCCGGUACAACAACCGCCAUUUUACUUAAUUCCACAUCAUCCUCAUCAUCAGCAACAUCAUCAUCUGUCAAUACUAGAGAACAGCAAAUUAAUCAAUUGUAUGCUCAAGUUCAUAAGGAUCAUAAGAGUUCCGCAUCAUCUGCUUCACAUACCGGUUUGCCGGCAUUAUUUAAAAAUACUCUGGGCUCACCCGGCGGUAUUGAAACGUCUUCUAGUCCUAAUGAUUUUCAUCGUGGUGGCAUGACCACAUUCGGUACUAGCAGCCGUGAUCUCAAUAGUUCAUAUGAUUCCAUUCUAGGAUCGAACGAACUAUCGGAAAACGAACAAUCAUCGGAGAAUUGGAUGUAUCCGAGUCGACGACGUGUCGGUCCAACGGGAGCAAUAAUAAGUGGCAAAUUGCCACCGACAUCAUUUACGGAACAAUUAAAUCAAGCAUUAACGGAGAGAGAAAGACGUCUGGGUGAUGGCUCAUCACGACAUUCCAGCGAUGAUUAUACCGAAAUAAAUAAAUCACAAUCAGUGGCAGCUAUUAACUGUAAAACUUUAAUAAAUGAAAUACGACAAGCAGUAAAUGAGGCUCAACCAAAAGUUAAACAAGUUAUUCCUCAAUCUUUAUCUCCGCCUGGUACAGUACCAUGGCAACAGCAAACUUCGUCUCAUAGCAAUGGUCCUCCCUCACCAACGAGUAUGUCUUCGGGUUGCUCUUCACCCGGUUAUUCUCCCAGCAGGGGUUUAGAUUUGUCAGGUUCAAGUUCGAGUUUCUCGGAACGUAAGGCAGCGGCUUAUAAUUAUAAAGGAGGACCGGUACAUGAAUGGACCAAAGAGCAGGUUGGCCAUUGGCUUUUGGGCAUUGAAAUGGAACGUUAUAUACCCGUUUUCAAAGAGCACAAUGUCGAAGGUGGCGCUUUGUUAUCUUUAGAUUCGAAAGAUUUAAAAACGUUGGGCGUUACCGGCGACGAUAAGCAUCGUUUAAAACGACGACUUAAAGAUCUCAAGGCCAGCAUUGAAAAGGAACGCAAAGAUCAGGAACGUGAGCGACGAGAACGUGAAAAGGCCAUACGCAAGGCGGAGAAAAAAGCGGCCAAAAAGAAAUAAAAUUAAUUAAUUUAAUAAUACUAAUUAUAAACAACAAAAAAA